AUGUGGUCAUCUAUUCUAUUAUUAUCUCAAAUUAUUGUCUCAGGAAGCUAAGUUUGUAAAAUGAAAUUAUAGCUCCAAACCAAUGUUUAAAAAAUUUGCCAAUUAAGAAAAGUAAACCUAUUUUUUUAUUUUCAGACUAGUUCUAUGGGGAUGAACUCUCUAAUAGCUUUAAUGAUCGAUUGUAAUACUUUUAAGUACAUCCACCCUUUAGAUAAGGUGGAAUAGAGCAGGAAGUGA